ACAGCGGCGGCCGUCCCUCAGAAAACCACUAAUUGUCAAAGUGCUAGGUGCUACUGUCACAUAUGGAUGGCGCCACACGCUUUUUCGGUUUUGACUUCACCGACCACGGCAUGUUUUCACUUUUGUGACGUUGUGAUUCGCUCGUUUUUGGCGCAGCGGCGUAAAAAAGCGGCGUAGGUUGGGGCGCUGCGUGUUCGCUGUGCCGUGUUGCACAUUGUGAAACAUGACGAUUCAAGUUGACAUAAACUUGGACAUGCACCCAACGUGCGUGGCCCUCGUAUUCCCGGAAGGUGUACCCAAGGGGGGAAGUGUCCAGCUAAAUUUACUCCGCCCUUCGUCCAGGUUUGCGCAUGUAAAUGAACGCGAGUGUGUUCCCGUCGUCAGGCGGAGUACAAGCGUACUCGACAAACGUUAUCUCGAAGAGAACAUCACGGUGCGUGCGUUUCACGAGGACGACGGGCAUCCGCUGUGCUUUCUGAAAGCGGCAGGAGCCCGCGAUGCGGGAAUUCAGUAUGGAGGAGGUACUUCGGCAGCCGUCACGGACAUUGACAAGACUACUUUGUCGCCGCCAGUGGUUGACGAAACGGUUGAUGAUACAGAAGCAGACGUUGUUGAAGCCGGCAGUGACGAUGUCGUCGCCCAAGAGGACUUCGUGGCGCGGGAAACUACAGUGCGUGGUACGGCAGAAGUCGCGUCCCGAUCGCUUUUACCACAGUCAUUUACGUACGUCUGCGGAGUUUGUCUUUUCCAGUCGAAGCACAAGGAAGAAGCCCUGGAACACGUCAAACGUCACGACAGUGUCCCCGACCCUGGUCGCGCUUCCGAGAUCAAGCCUCCGUCGAAAGGGGCAACCGUGCGCGACAAAAUCAUCAUACCGAAAGUGCUUCGGCCGAAGAAGAAGGCUGCAGUCUUCAAGUGCACCGAAUGCAGCAAGCAGUUCCCGGCCGACGGUCUGUUGCGUAUUCACGUGCGCAUAUACCACGGGGGUCCGCUGCAGUGCAAGCACUGUUCGUCUAAGUUUCGCAGCGAGCAAGAGUUGGACAAGCACAUGCAAAGUGACCACCUGGAUCGGGCGCCGUACCGGUGCUCGUACUGCGCAAGCGCAUUUUUCAGCGCUGACAUGGUGGCGGAGCACGAAGUCAAAUGUCCCGUCGCCAGGCAACAGAGGCAGACGGUCGCCUGCCAGCUGUGCAAGUUCACGACGUCCGAGGCGAGCAGCCUGUGCCAGCACAUUCAGGAAGCACACGCCGAAAAGGUGAUAUACACGUGCGAGCCUUGUGGUCACCUCUCACUCGACUUCACUGUGCACCAAGAGCACAUCAAGAGCCACGGACCGGAUGGGAAAGCCCCACCGCGCAGUCCAGCCCCAACAUCUCGUUGUGGGGAGCCCGUACAGUGUCCCCUGUGCAAGAAGGACUUUAAGAACAGCCGCACGCUCAAGGAGCACAUAAAGCGUCAUCCGAGGGCUGUGAGACACGUGUGUGAGCUUUGUGGCGAGGGAAUCACAACAAAUGUGGCGCUUAUCAAGCACCUGAACCGACACAACAAGGAGUCGGCACGCAAGUACCAGUGCCUCUUCUGCAGUAAGUGCUUCCAGACGACCUUCAGCGUGAGCCGCCACAUGAAGAACAUCCACUUGUUUGAUCAUGAGCACGGUUGCGAGCUCUGCCCGCACAAAUUUGCAACGGUCAAGGAGAAGGCGGACCACAUGGCCAAGGCUCACGUAGUGGCUACGCCAAAGGGCAAGCGUGUCCACAAGUGCACCGACUGCAAUUUCGAGACCGAAAGCUUGGGUCGGUUUGAAAGGCACAGGGCGUCCCACACAGGCGUUUAUCCCUACGAGUGCAGUGAAUGCCCAAGGCGUUUUGCAGCGAAGGAGGAGCUCAGCCGACACGUGCACAUCAUCCAUCCCAAGGGCCAGCAGAACUGUCCACAGUGUCCAAGGCUUUUCCAGGACCAACUGGAAUUUGACACUCAUCUGCAGUUGCACCACGAUGGCCAGUCACAUCCAUGCGAAGACUGCGGCCACCACUUUGAGAACGCGGAGGCACUCGUCGAGCACCGCAACAAGCGACAUGACCUGAACCUGGCUUACGAGUGCCGCCUCUGCCACCAACGAUUUUGCAACAUUGGCCAGCGAGUGACACAUGUCCGCAAGUACCAUCCGCGAGUGCUGCUCAAGUCUCACGUGUGCGACAUAUGUGGCUCGGCAUUUCGCUACCAAAGUGGCUUGGCCGUGCACAAGCUCGACAAGCACACCGGACGCACCGAGGGGCGCCUCUUCGAGUGCGAAUACUGCGGCAAGGUGUUCGGACGCAGCAAUGUGCUGGCCAUGCAUCUGCGCCUGCACACUGGCGAGCGGCCCUACCUGUGCCAGCACUGCGGGCUGACCUUCCGUAACCCCACCAACCUGAAGUAUCACACUGUCAACAUGCACACCAAAAACUAUGCCGUCUCCUGCCCCAUAUGCCACCGCGGGUUUGUUGUGCGACGAAAACUUGUCAAGCACCUCAUGCAGGUGCACAAAGUAACUGGCAUUGUGAACACGUCAUCACGAAAGGGCCGUGCCAAACCAGUCUACAUCGAACACACCACGGUGCCUGUAGUGUCGGCAGAGACCGGCGACGACAUGGUGCUUAACGUGAUGCAGAUUGUGGACACUGCCGAUCAGGCGGUGACUGCCACAGAACUAAGCCACGCAGUCGAGGAACUCAACAGUGCUGUCACUACAACCGAAGACACGGUGAGCGCAGUCAUGGAAGAGUCUGUAGUGGACAACGUGGUGGAGGAAGCUGUGGAAAUGGUGGACAUUUCAGGCGUCGAGUUUGUGAGUGGUGCAACUGUGGAAUGCUACACCGUCAGUUGACAGGCCGCAAGACCAGCUCAGUUUGGUCAUCAUAUAGAAGGCCCUUUGAUGAGCUCAUGUAGUUGAUCUCUGUUUUUCACUUGUCAUGUUUUGUUAAAACUGUGGGUGUGCGAAUACUGGAAUGUUCAAUUCUGAAUCGAAUAGCGAACGUUUGAAAAAUUCGAUUCACGAAUCGAAUAUCUAAUAUACGAUUUCUUGAAUAUCGGUGCCUUCGGUGAAUUACCCGGCCGUGGUCGAUGCCUUGACGCACGCAGCGUUCCCACGGUGCACAAUCUUCAUCGGUACGAGGUUCGACCAGGUCAACCGGACCAAUCGAAAUGAUUAAUGCUCGCACGAACUUGCUGUGGGCCUUCCAAUUUGAGAACUCGUUACUGCCAGCAAUGAGCACGGUCGACGCGUGCAGCAUCGCGUUACGCAAGGCACUUUCCGCGCUUUUGUCUGUCGUGCAGAUUGGCCUUAACGAGCUGACAAUAACCCACAAGAACCACGCUGUAAAGAUGGAAAUACCUUCCUGUUUUCUGGAAGAAAACUGGAAUACUUAAUAAGCAAUAAAACAUCGCUAUCAAGCAUAGUAUCCCAGCUAUUAAACUUUUAUGACAACUUCGCUAUUUCUUCAGCUUGAGAGGGAAAAAAAGCACUUAUAUUUUUCAGACAUUCUGUCGAUAAAAAUAUAUUCCAGAUCUUUGUAUACAAACUGAGCUGUUACCAGUUCUGUCAUAAUAAUUUGAUGUGUCCUUUAAAUAAUAAGAGUAGAGCAUACUAUGCAUCUCGAUUCAUAGGUACCUAAGUUGCUGAUAGCUAGCAAGAUUCUUGUGAAGUAAUGUACGUGAUUAGCCUCAUGAGCAUGUGCAGCACUGUUUUUUGCACAAAAUUUAGAAGCAUAAAUGUUUGUGUUAAAUUUUCUGAUAUUCGAUUCUAUAGUCUUUUUUUUUUCUCUUGAUUCGAUUCAAACUAUACAUUCGCACACCCCUAGUUAAAACCACUCAUCAGCGUGUUGCAUGCUCGUGUUUUGUUAUAUAAAAAGUCUUUUUUGCAGUAGCAUAGCGUAACUGGCUGCAAACAUUCAGAUUUGGGGAGCAAUUGCUGUGGAACUCCGCGAGAUAUCACUACCAACGAGGCCAAGCUUGCACUUUUAAUGGUUAUGGAAACAGCUAUGGCAAGCAGUCAGACAAGUUGGUUUGCGACCCAACUUUUGAAUGUUAUGCUGUCACUUGAUGAGCUUCCUGACCAUUUUGGUUUAAAUUUGUCUGAAAGGCUUUUCUUUAAACCUGUAUGCUUGGCUUACUUUUUCUUCCUUCUUAUCUUUUGUUGGACCCAUGCUGUGUACAUAUGGCAUGCUUAUGUUUAUAGAAAAGUGUGCACAGUCCUUUAAUAGAUGUCAUUUUAAAUCCCUUUUCAUUCUGCUGACCCUGGUUUGUUCGAAACAAAAAUUUCUGCAUACUAUAUGAGAUAUUGCCUAGCUUUGUGAAUGCACAUCAUAUAAUCGAUGUAAUGCCACAAAUUUUAGGUCAUGCCUACUGAUUGCAGACUGUUUUUCUGCCUUCAUGAGAAGUGCACCUUGACAACAACACUCAUGUGCCUGGUUUACGAAAAGAAUACAAUCUGGUUUCGUUAAUUCAACAUCUUCAGUGGUUGCACUGCAUGCUCGUAUGCAUUUAUGAAUGGAGAAGUUCUGUACUUCUGCCUUGAAAGGUUCUCUGUCUGCGAGGGACUAUGAACAAAAGAAUGUUAAGCACGACUUGUCACACUAGGAUCUUAGCCAUGCCCGAAUGCAAACAGUGAUGUGUCUCGUUGAACAAUGUAUACAGUUCAGGCGGUGCGUGCUGGACAUCACCUUGAAACAACUUAGUCGCAGCAGAUAAUACGUGCGGAUUGCACUGGUGUAUGUGAUUAUGCGUUGGUGAUUAUGCCUUCUCAUCUCUGUUGUAUCCUUCUCUGUCGCCUCUACCUCACCGAAUUCAACACAAAAGUGUCUGGCUUCACUAUGUUCGGCUCUUGGCUGCCUAUACACUAAAAAGCUAAUGUUUUUAGAGUGUCUGAUAGGGGCUAUUCAAGUGUGCGAAAAAAUGUAGCAGUUCAAAAAAAAGAAUUUUGAGGGAAACAAAUGUUCUUUUAUUGCAUUUUACUCCUCCAACAGUUGGAAAACUUCUUAACGCACCUUUUGCUCUGUAAAAAGUGCGACAAACUUGUUUGAACUUUCUGCUGAUUAUGUCAAGAGCAAUCUGAAAAAAAAAAAAUAAUAAUAAUUUUUCAGAGAGAAAAAGGUACCUCUAUUGCACUUUACUCUGCCAACAGUAGAAAGCCCGUUCAUGCAUUUUUUGCUCUGUCUUGCUGUAAAGAUAUAAUUUUUUCAUCAUGUGUGUUCUGUUGUUUAACAUACAGACCAAUGUGCAUUGUCAUGAAGCGAUAAAGUGCGCCGUUCAUGGACAAUGCAACUGCGGAUCGUUGGCUGUCCACAAAUUUGGCUGACAGCUUUCGAAGAUGCACAAGGAUUUUCUGCUGCACUUUUUAUGCAUACGAGCAAAUUUUUCACUAAAUGCAUACCCCCACCGUUAUGACAUUUCUGAUAAGCUGCAGCCAACCAAGCACAAGUGAUUACCUUCAACCUGAUCUCCCGAGAGAGCUGACAUUGUGUUACAGUGACAGCUGUCAUGCUUUCUGUUGUAAAAAUUCUUGUCCACAUUGUUAAAAAGCUAAUUUGAGAUAGUGUUGAGCUGUUGAUAAUGCAGAUGAUCGAAAGUUUCUUCAUCAGGCGUUUAUUCAAUCAAAAUCGCUUUGCCAUUAGGCUUAGCAACCAAAUGGCAUUUAGAAAGCUGGCAAAUCAUUCUGCCACGAGUUCGGUCAAUUAGAGCAGCAACAUUCAUGAUGUGGUACACAUGUAUUUUUUAUGAGAAAUUCAACAAACCGUGUGUCAUCUGAAUUUACUGCUGCCAUUAUACACUCUAUGUUGUGUGUUGCAGUGCCACAACAUCAAGCGAGGUCAAAAAGUAGUAUUAUACAACAGUGAAGUUGUUAGUGAGCGAUCAUAUUGUAAAAAGCACAAAUUAGGACAAGGGAGAGGACACGGACAGAAUGCUGACUACCAGCUGCUGUGUUGUGCUGAAGGCAAUGUAGUAGACAUUCGUUAAUUUCACUCCGUUUAAUUCGACUUUUCAGUUAAUUUGAUCCUGCCCAAAGGUCCCGGCCGGCACCCAUGCAUUUCUAUGGGCCCAAACUUUCAUUAUUUCAAUCCAAAAUUGGUCUUUGCCAGAUAAUUCGAACUUGACCAGUGAGCGUGCAUGCACUUGACCCGUGUGACCCUAAUAGCGAUCCCUUUACUGGCAGCAACUGUCUCUGCAGAGCUUAAGGGACAGUGAAUGCGUUUAACAUGCGUCGUCCGGAAUAAGUUAUAACAGCACCACACAAUGUCGGAUUACAGUGUAUACCCUAACUCGUGCCAUUUUCUUCCCCAAGAAAAUGAAGUCGAAAACCACGGUUGCGGCGCUUCUACACUUUGCCGCAUAACACGGCUAUAUUGAACUGAAGCUGACUUUAAAAACCGUGCGGCAGUGCUGACUUUCGAAAACCAGCAGCUACUGUGUGACACAUUAGACCCUUGCCCAUUUUUCUUGCUGAAAAUCGGAUGCCCAUUAGAUUUUUACGUUGUUUAGGAGAUUCAAUGUUAUUUCUACUUUGGAUGCAUAGAAAGUGAGUGCGUGUUUGAUUUGGGGGCGUAUUAGAAUCUGGCAGAUACUACCAAAUGAAUCAAUCCCACCAGGGUCGAAUUAAGGGAAGUCGACUGUACUAUAUUCUCUGUGUAUAGACUAUUGUCUUCAGCGAAAUCAACACAACAGUUGGUAGUCAGCGCAGCUUUUACAUCCCCUCUUGCUGUUUUUACGUCAUGAGUUCAAGAAGCUGUUUGGGUACUGUUCUUCGGCAUAGCUCAUUUAGUAGCUCUUAAAUAACUUGUUUUUUUUUAGCAUGUUCUUUUUCCUAAGUAGCUAUCUCGAACUGUCACUCAAUGCUGUCUGCAAAGAUGUUAGCAGACAAAGUGUUGCAGUGGUCAUUGUACCACUGCAACACUUUGACCGUAUCACAAUUUUCUGUAGACAAUUUUGUUUACCUAACUUCACAUACAAAAUUUUGACUAUAACUGCAGUGUUUGUUCAGCAAGAUGCGACUCUUUCUUUUGCCCUCCGUAUCCUACGUGACGUCAUAUAUAUCCAAAAUAUGAAUUUGCUUUAGUCUCUUUUUAAACAUUCACUUGAAGCACUGGCUCUGAAUAUAAUGGAAUUGUGGAAUAUCGGACCUUAUCCUUAUGCCUAUUUGUGUGGCAAAGGCAUUAAGAACCUGUUUUGCUCGUUUCAUUAGGGACAUGUUCCCGUGGUAUGCAUAAAAGUCAUUACAAAACAUUACCGCUACGGCAGCAGCAGAGUUUUGAUUGCAGCAAGAGAUUUGAUUGCAAGGCUCUGAGUGCAGUUCUUGGCCUACCACUGAGGGGGACCGAGCGAGCGCAGCAUUUUUUCAGAAGUGUAACACUCUUUUAAGAAGUUAAGAAUGGCUAGAAAGUACUGCCGUAAUGUUCCGAGCAAAUGCCCCCCCUCAAGCAAGUUGAAAUUACCAGAAAAAGUUAGGGGGGCGCUAUCCCGGAACGGCACCAAAAUUCAAUAUGGCAGCGACAAAAUUUUCCCACCAGAAAAAAAAAAAGCACAGUGGGAAUGGAGUUAAAGUUUUAUUUAACAUGAACUUUAUUAAGGCAAAGGUUUGUUAGUGCUGUUUAUCACUCUCAAAACCAUCGGAACAACUGCAGAACUAGCGCAUCGAAGCUGCACCAGCGCAUCGCUGCGACCGGCGGCAUGAACAUUGUUUAUGCAGCUUCUAUUCCAAGCAAAAUGAUGUCCGCUAGAGUAAAGUGAUGCAUAAUGUUCGCUUUACUAAAAACCAUGUCCAUGGUCAAACGUUUAGCACUAACGAGAGUUCCAAUACAAGUCGAGCUCAGCUGUAGUGCAUGGUUACCAACGGUGGACAGUGAACCACGGCUCGGCCAUGCUCACAUCGCAGCUGGCGGCACCGCAAAUAUCAGCAUAUUUUCGUCAUCGUGUGAAAUUAUUGCGAGGAGAGGGUAAAGUGCAACAAUAGUAACAAAACAUUGCUGCUUGGGAGCGUCGGCAGUUCGUUCUGAAGCACCGAGGGCUACAGAUUCGAAGUGAACCGGAAAAGGCGUAGCGACGAUAUCGGUAGCAAGUGAUCAGCCACGAAGCUGCCGGCGAUGCCGGAGCGUAGCCGCGACCGCUCCUUUGUCACUGAGUGGUCAUGUCACUGUGCCGCAGGGAAAUCUUCUGUACUGCGUGACAGGCAGAUCUUGCCGCCGGCUGCAGUUCGCACCGGGGCGCCCGGGUGCGACUGUGACUGGAUGAAAUGGUGCAUUUGGUCACCCCAGUGCGCACCGGUGCGAUUUGCUGAAUUUGCCAUUAUUUUCGUGGACUGGAUGGGGCAGACCAGUGUUGCCUGGGUAAGGUAUGUGAUAAGGGCGUGGAGCAGGGGAGCGCUUUCCCGGAACGCGGCAAUUUGAAAUUAGCAGCGAAGUUAGGGGGGGGGCUCUUGCACGGGUGGGGGCGCUUGCUCGGAAUUUUACGGUCUGUACCUCAGUCUCCCUAGAUACUACAGUGUUUGUUUUCAAAAUGCAAGCAGUAACAACCAUUGAGAAAUAAGUCGCCUGAGCAAAAGUGCACUCUCAUAUAAAUUGUGAAGAUAUCAUUUAAUGUCCAUAUGAAUAUUUGAGCCAAGUUGAGCAGGUCGUGUUUGAAGACGUUGUGGUCUCUAUCUCGCGGUGCUCCAGCGGGAGUCACCCAAACCACUGCGUGGGUCCGAGGAUCCAAGUCCUCGGGGGGACAAUCAGCUCAGUCACGUGUGUUCAUGUGCCUGAAGCGCACGCUCGUUCGGCUUGCUCAGGGAGCGAGACAGAGCGUCGCAAGGAGAAGGCCCAGAGUAUGAGGAAGGUGUUUAUUAUACAACCACCUUGGCAUUGUCCAACUGUUACACCCUAUCUGCACGGCGCACAUGAGCCGGAGAUCCCGCAAUUCAAGGGUGGCACAAAAGUAUUGGAGAACACCGUAACAUGGCACUAUACAGGAGGAUAGCUCCGAACGACCGUGCUACCAGGGCAAUGUUCCUUCAGCUUGGUAUAGCCUCCGAGGUAUAGACCCGGUCCAGUACGACCGUGCACGUGAGGUGAGCUGCGCCUCUUUGGCGUAACCUCCUGAACAGGAGCAGUGAAUAGGUGUGCACCCACCUCGGGUCGAGGACCUUUGGUAAGGCCGGCGAGAGCUUCCCUCCACGCCCCCCGCUCUUGGUCGGCUCGAGCCACCAGGACAGAGGGGACGCGAGUUCUUGCCCAAACAGACCAAUCAGGUGAGCUCCUGGUCUGCUUGAAGGUGGACAGCGACAAGUAUUUUACAGUCCCGCUGCUGUACGGUGCCCUCGGAGGAAAGAGAGAGAAAAAGCAGCGGACUGCACGCACGAUAUUCGCAAGCUACCUCACCGCAAUGCAGCCCCUAUACUGAAAACGUGCUCCGCUAUAGCGCCGCAAUGAAAUGGACAAACGCAAUUCCCACAAUGUAAAUAUUGGAAUUCUAUUGUAGAUGGCUGAUUGUUUCAUUUAGUGUAUUUUGUUUGUUUGCCUGUGUGUAUGUGUGCGCGCAUGUGCGCGACAGGAAGUGCUAGUAUUCAUGCUUGUUUCUUUGCACCAAAUCGAUAGCAUUACCAAUAAUGUACUGAAAAAGAAUAUGCAUCGCCUCAAGGAAAACAAGACAAGUUCGUAUACGCCUUGUUCUUUCAUUGCAUGACUUCUUGCAGCUGUGCUCUUCAUUGAAAACUCCCUUUAAAAUUAUUCAGAAUCCCUCUGUACAGAAAAAAAAGAAACGGGGAUAUUUAUUGUGAUUCUGUAUUCAAGUAAUGAGCAUUUUUGAUGUUUCUUUUCCUUUCAGAUGAUUGAGCACUGUAAAUAAAUGAAGUAUAUUCAUA